UUCAAUUAUAUUAUCAUAAUUAACAAUUUAACAUUUGAAAACAGAAUAUCAGUUAUAAAAAAACUUGUUCUCUAAUGUAUUGUGCCGGAUAGAACAGUUGACAUUUAUGAAUAAUUACAAGUAGAAUGAGGUGUAUAAUUGGUUUAUUGAUAAUAAGAAAUUAGAAGAAAAUGUCCGUGCCACCAAUGAAUUACGGUAUUCCUCCGCCGAUUAUGCUUCAACCCCCACCCCCUCCUCCUCCUAUUACACCGGCCUCGGAAUUAUAUAAUCAUCCUCCGCUGCCACCUUUUCACGUACCUAAUGGGCCUACAGAAAAACCGUCUGCUUACAUGUUACCACCAUUAAAUGUUCCCCCGCCGGUAAUGUAUUCCUCUGAUAUACUAAAUCUCCCACCUCCAGUUUCAUCAUACCCACUAUCAGGAUAUCCUUCAGAUUACGGUUAUAACUGUCAUCCCAUUGAUCCUUUCAAUAGUCAAUCAGACCCUAAUUCAUGCCCAACAUCAAGUAAUAGACAAUUUAAUCAACAUUGGAAUGAAUCAAGUAAUAGUGUAUCUGAUCGAAUGUACCAUGAAUAUUCAAGUAGUUCAAGAUCUAAAAGUUUAGAGAAGUAUCACAGAUUUGAUUAUGCAUCAACAUCUAAACACAGAUAUUCUCCACAUAGAGAAAAAAGCUAUGAUAGAGACAGGGAUAAAGGAAGGGAGAGAGAUAGAUAUAGGGAGUAUAGGCAUCGAGAAUAUAGAUCGAGUCGAAGUCCCAGUGCUAUGUAUCACCAUAGUAGAAGUCCUUCAAGUCACCGGUACAGGGACAGCCGUGAUGGAUAUUUCACAAAAUAUGACCAUAAAGACAGACAAUAUGAACGUGAAAGGAGGCACAGUCCAUACUAUAGAGACCACAGAAGUCAUAGUAAAAGCCAUGACUAUCGUUAUGACAGGAGAUGUAGAUCACCUAGCAGACACAGUUAUCGUUCUUCAAGCAGAGACACCCAUCAUCGUAGCCGUGCUAGGGACCUUUCUCCUCGUUCCAGACAUGAGUCUGUCUCUCGGAAGCCACUAACAGACCGUGAAAAAAUUCUGGAAGAAUUUAGAAAAAAUUACUGUAAGACUUCUGAAGACUUUAUUGAAAGGAUGGAACAAUGGUCAAAGGAGCAUAAUUCUGAUGAUGAAGAAAUUUCAAAAAUGUGGUAUAGGAGUUCUCCAGCUGAGUUAUAUUAUAAUACAUUUGAGGGUAGCAGUGGUGUAGAGCAAACAAACAAAUUAGAGAAGCUAUGUGAUACUUUUUUCAAGAAUCUUAUUGAAAGGGGUCGUAUUGCCAGACCAGAAGUUGAUGAACUCCCACCUCUUAGGGCACAAAAACCUAAAAUGUGCAAUAGACAUACCUCGGAAGAAGGAAGUUCGUCUUCAUGUGAAAGUGAUGAUUGUUUAGAUGAAGAUGGUUUACAAGGAUACACUGAUAGGAUCAUGAUAGAGCUGCAAAGAAAACAGAGUCACCCAAGAAGGCUACAUCCAGAGAUGUGGUUUAACAAUACUGGGCAAAUGAACGGUGGUCCCCUUUGCCGUUGCAGCCCAAAGGCUCGCCGGCAGGGCAUGCGCCACGGGGUAUAUGCUGGCGAGCAGCAUUUCCCCAAAUGUAUUCCAACACAGAGCAAUAUUAAUAAGCUUUAUCAUUACCGUAUCACAGUAUCUCCACCAACUAAUUUUCUUAUAAAGGCUCCUACGAUUAUAGGCCACGAUGAACAUGAAUUUCUGUUCUCCGGAUUUUCCAUGUUCUCUCACUACAAGCUGGCAAAGCUGCCUACAUGUAAAGUAAUAAGGUUCAAUAUUGAAUACACUAUACUUUAUGUAGAGGAACCAGCGCCACAAAACUUCACUAUCCGAGAAUUAGAUUUGUUUGAGGAAUAUCUUUUUAUCGAACUUUUGGAAUUAGUAGAUUUGGACCUUGGAAAAGCUACUGACGAUUAUUGUUCACAAUUUCACUUUAUGCCUCGAUUUGUUCGAUAUCUUCCAGAAGGAGGUUGCGAGGUGCUAUCUAUGUGUGAAAUAUUAAAAUACCUCAUAGACGAAAGUGGACUACUGAUACCGCCAGAAACUUUGAAUGACGUCCACAGUAUGGAUCAUUACAAUUGGCAGAAGUUUGUUGAUAGAAUCAAAGGAAUGAUAGUCACAUAUCCAGGUAAAAAGCCUUGUUCCAUUCGCGUGGACCAGUUGGAUCGGAGUCCGCCAGUUACUUCCAGAAAUACCAAAAGUUCUAAAGAAUUAAAAACAUUCUACCCUGAGAUUGUUCAUUUUGGCAUAAGACCCCCACAGUUGAGUUACGCAGGAAACCCUGAAUACCAAAAAGCUUGGCGGUACUAUGUGAAAUACCGUCACCUGAUUGCCAAUAUGGCAAAACCGUCGUUUAAAGAAAAGCAAAAACUAACAGCUAAAGAGGCUAAACUGCAGGAGAUGAGAACUCAAAGCAAGAUGAAGAGGGACGUCACAGUUGCCAUAUCAUCUGAGGGCUUCCAUACUACGGGUCUUAUGUGUGAUAUUGUGCAACAUGCAAUGUUAAUCCCCGUAUUAGUGCGCCACCUGCGUUUCCACAAAUCACUGGACAGUUUGGAAAAGAAAAUGGGUUAUGUUUUCGAACAACGACUGCUGUUGCAAACAGCGCUAACUCAUCCUUCGUACAGAGAGAACUUUGGUACAAAUCCAGAUCACGCGAGGAAUAGCCUCACUAACUGUGGCAUACGACAGCCAGAGUAUGGAGAUAGGAAGAUACACUAUACCAGAAAGAAAGGUAUCGUGACAUUAAUAAACAUUAUGUCUCGUUUCGGGAAACAUAAUGAAACCGAGUCGGAAAUAAAACAUAAUGAAAGACUGGAAUUUCUUGGCGACGCCGUGGUAGAGUUUUUAUCGUCUAUACACUUGUUUCGGAUGUUCCCGGGCCUCACUGAAGGCGGUCUGGCAACGUAUCGGGCAUCUAUUGUACAGAACCAACAUUUAGCACAACUGGCUAAGAACAUAUCUCUGGAACAGUUCAUGCUGUACGCUCACGGGUCGGAUCUGUGUCGUGAGGUAGUGAUGCGUCACGCGAUGGCCAACUGCUUCGAAGCGCUCAUGGGUGCACUAUUCCUCGACGCUGGAUUACAGGUAGCUGAUCGCGUGUUUGCUUUAUCGCUCUGGUACAAUGAGCCAGAUUUGCUAGAAGUGUGGACAAAAGACCGCGCCCACCCAUUGCAGGAACAAGAGCCACUUGGCGACCGGAAGUACAUAAAAAAUUUUGAGUUUCUGCAAAAGCUGACACAAUUCGAAGAAUCUAUAGGAGUAGUAUUCAAACAUAUUCGUUUAUUGGCACGAGCGUUUACCGAUCGCUCGGUUGGAUUUACGAACUUAACACUGGGUUCAAAUCAGCGUCUGGAGUUCUUGGGCGACACUGUGUUACAGCUUGUGGUCUCUGACCGACUGUACCGAUUUUUUCCUGAUCAUCACGAGGGACACCUUUCAUUACUUCGUUCGUCGUUGGUGAACAAACGCACGCAAGCAAUGGUAUGCGACGACCUUAACAUGUCUGAGUAUGCAAUAUAUAACAAUCCCAAAGCGAAACCAACCACUAAAAAACAUAAAGCUGACUUGCUAGAAGCUUUUCUGGGUGCUCUGUUCAUUGAUAAAAACUUGGACUACUGUCAAGCAUUUUGUAACGCGUGCCUUUUUCCGCGGCUACAGGAGUUCAUUAUGAAUCAGGCCUGGAAUGAUCCUAAGUCCAAACUGCAGCAGUGUUGCCUCACGCUGCGCUCUAUGGAAGGUGGCGAACCAGAUAUACCCCUGUACAAAGUGAUCAAGUGUCUGGGGCCCACCAACACGCGGAUAUACGAGGUGGGGGUGUACUUCCGAGGAACACGGUUAGCGGCCGCGUGCGGUCACUCCAUACAGGAAGCCGAGAUGAACGCCGCAGAGCAAGCACUGGCAGCUGCGCAUGAGUUGUUCCCGCAAUUGGAUCACCAAAAGAGAGUUAUCGCCAAAAGUAUGAAGAAAAAGGGUGGCCGUGGACGCGAAAGUCCAUCGGAUAGUGGCCCGUCACGAUACUUUCAAAAUAGGUUGCCUAAAGCCUACAGAGUCCAUAAGGAUUCGGACAGUUCUGAAGACAGUAGCGUCCAUGCUUCGCCUCAUUCAGACGAUGAUGGUAAACUGCUCGAUAAAUCAGAUAAUGAUGAUAGUAAUGACGAUAAAUCUGACGAUGAUUCUGGAUUAGUGAGUGAUACAGAGUCGACUGACAAACUUGACAAUGUCAAAGUAAGCACACUGUUAAGCGAUAUGGAAAAACUUAAAGAAGAUCUAAUAAGGCGGAAUGAAUACGAAAAAUUAAAGGAGAAGUGUAAGAAAUCAGAUUCUGACAAUGAAUAAAUUGACACCAUCAUGAUAUGAUUAUAUAAUUAUGAAUUAUAGAUAAUAUUAUGUGUUGUAUACUCGUAAAAUAUAUAAUGCUAAUGUUAACAAAAGCUAUUAAAAG